GGAGGGAAUCUGCCAACCGGAAUGGAGGCCGAUUUAUUAGACACGUUGGAAGCUCUAGGGUACCAGGGUCCCUUGCUGGAUGAGGCCACUCUAGGUCCUGCUUUAGAGGGCGGGUUGUCAUCUCCUGAAUACUGCCAGCUCUUGUGUUGGCUCUGCUCACAGAUUAAGUUAUUAGGUAACUUAGAAGAGAGUGUUAGCUCUGAAGGUGGAGACCUGGAGAGUAUGCAGCUGGAAGUAAGUGGAUUCUUAAAGGAGAUUUCCUGCCCAUAUCCUUCUCUGGUGUCUGGAGAUAUCAAAAGCAGACUGCAAAACAAGGAGGAUUGCCUAAAAUUAUUGUUGUUCCUAGGUUCAGAACUACAGGCUGUUCAGAUCCUACAGACCCAAAAGUCAAGUUGCUCUGGGUCAAAUGAUGCUGUGCAUAAAGAAAUCAAAAAUAUUUUUGAAGCACUCAGAUUGCCUCUACCACCAACCUCAGAUAUUGUAGGCCAGUUAAAAAGUGUGCAGGAAAAGGUAAGAAGUUUAUUACCCAAAGUGCAGUCAAACAGUAUUAACAAGACACUCCUCACUGUGGAACUGAAUGCAGAACAGUUGGAACGCCUCGAGAAGAUAAAUGAAACUCUCGCUAAAGAGUAUGCGUGUCGGCGACGAAUGUUAAUAAAGCGUCUGGAUGUUACUGUUCAGUCAUUUGGCUGGUCAGAGAGGGCCAAGCUCAAAACAGAUGAGAUUGCUCGUGUUUAUCAGCCAGUACGAUACUCGCUGUGCCCAAAAUCGGGCAUCACAUUAUCACAUCUCUUGGCGGCCAGGGAGGAUCUCUCCAGAAUAGUGCGCACUAGCAGUGGAUCGAUAAGGGAGAAGACUGUGUGUCCUGUGAACAAGGUUCUAAUGGGAAGGGUGCCUGAUCGAGGGGGAAGACCAUCAGAGAUUGAGCCUCCACCUCCAGAAAUGCCACCCUGGCAGAAGAGACAGGAUGAUGGAGUAAGGGGAGGUUGGAGAGGAGGAGGACGCGGAGGUGGUGGAUAUGGAAGAGGAGGUUUUAAUGCAGGUCCCAGAGGUGGAAGAGGAGGCGGUGGAGGAUACCAGGGCAGGGGAGGGUAUGGUGAUUAUGGAGGAAGAGGGAACUCUAGGAGGUACUGAACGGACAGAUGUCUAGACUGUGUUGCUGAAAGUUUACAUUACACGAACGGAUUCUGGAU